AUGACUCAACCAUACGUUUACAAUCUUGCCAACAAGAAGCCAGGAAAGCAAGCUCUUCUCUUCGGUCUUUCAUGUCUCUUCUCUGGUGGUUUAAUUGCCGUCUACAAGAACGUCCUCGGUGGUCCUCCAGAAACUCACAAGAAUUUGGAUCAAGAAAAUGUUCUCUACUACAGACCAUUUGAAGAGAAACGUGAUAUUUACUUCUUCAAUUGGGGACCACUCAUGGGUCAAGCUGCUGGUCGUCCAAAGAAAGAGUAA